AUGGGUUUCAUCCAGCCACAGCUAGUGUUUGUAGUCGUGUCUUUUUUUAUGGGUACCAUUGCAUUCAUCCCUCCUCCUCCGGCUCAGAUGUUCAUAAAUCUUGCACCUGUAAAACCGACGUCAUCACAACAAGAGGAGAUGCGUCUAAAACAAGAAGAGAUAGAGACUACCGUUCAAGCAGUGAACGCGUCUGUAUCGAAGCUGUCAGAGGAGGUCGAGACGUGGAAACAUAAUACAUCUGAAACAGAUGCGGAAUUGUCCUUAGAGUUGGAAUCUUUGACAAAUCAGCAAAAAGACUUCCAGAAUCAGGUUACAACGUCCGUUGAUAAUGGCGAGAAGAAAGAUAAGCAACUGGUUUCGUCUCUCGACUCCAUUAAGACAGAACACGAGGAGUUCAAACGAAACAUAAGCGAGGCAAUUGAUGAUGCAGUGGCCAAAGAUGAUGAGUUAUCUUCAUCACUUGUCUCGAUUUCAACUGGACAAAACGACUUCAAAAAAGAAAUAACACAGUCAGUUGAAGACGUUGUGAAAAAAGAUGAAGAAAUAGUUUCGUCAAUAGAUUCCCUCAAAAAAGAACAAGGGGAAUUUAAAGGAACAAUCACCAAGGCAGUUGAAGACGGAGACAUCAAAGUGAGUACCCUACAGGAAGAAACUGGGCAAAUCAAGAACACCCAAGGGGGACUGAUAACGAAAAUUGAUGAGCUGACUUCCUCCCUGUCACAGACAGAAAACAAAUUAUCCAGUGUGAGUACCCUACAGGAAGAAACUGGGCAAAUCAAGAACACCCAAGGGGGACUGAUAACGAAAAUGGAUGAGCUGACUUCCUCCCUGUCACAGACAGAUAAAUUAUCCAGUGAACUGGAACAAGGACUUCAGGCACAGAAGGCAACGGAUGAGAAGUUGGAGUCAAUGGUAGAAGACCUCAAGAAGCAGCUUGACGGCAUUGUUUCAAACCCGGGCUCCAAGGAAACGACAGGUACAGGAAGAAAGUCAUGUAAAGACAUCUUGAGCUGUGGACGCCAAUACCCGGACGCUGAGUACUGGCUAUACCCGCCCAGGCUUGGGGGGGAGCGGAUAAAGGUGUGGUGUCAUGACAUGGCGGGCACCCCACAGGAAUACAUUACUCUACCGAAUGAGAAUCAUGGCGACUUUCCAAAUAAACAGAAUUUGAACUGUCAGUCGAAGAACAAAGGAGGAAAGAUCGUUGGCAGUGAUCUACAAAAAGUUGGAAAAAAUAACUUCGAGAAGAUUAAGAUUGACAUUAAUACCAUGGUCGUGGAUAGAGAGGACAGAGGGUUUGUUGGCGGAAAUGGUGCUCGUUACCCAUACGGCUUCGCGGGUGACUGCUACAGCAACCACUACGGUGGAAAAAGAGCUUGUGGGCCGUUGGGAUCCUUCAAGAUUGACACUCGUGGCACUGGUCUCAUAGUUAAUCCCAAUCUUACCUGGAAGGCAGCUGGAAACCAGCCCUUCGCUGAAGUUCUGAGGUCGGAGAACAACAGGUUGAUCAGGGUGGUCUGUGGAGGAGGGUGUGGGUAUUGUGAACCUGUUGGGAACAUCGUCCUGGAGAGGAUUGCAUCUGAUGAACCCGUGUUUGAGAGUGCGGCUGAUAUCAUGUGUUAA